CUGCCAGAUAUCAAGACACGUUGGAAUUCUACAGAAAUUAUGAUUGAACGAGCUUUAAAACUUCGACAAGCACUUCAUAAUUUCACUUCGGCUGAUAGAGAUUUAAAACAUUACUUAUUUUCAGAUAAUGAAUGGAAGCUUAUUGAAGAAAUUCAUUUACUAAUGCAGGUUUGUAAAUUAUAA